CUUUUAAUUAAUAGAGUUUUGAUAAUCUGCAGGAUUUAACUGAACUACAAUUUUUAAAGCACUUUAAUGCAAAAUCGCAGUGGUUUGAAACCAAAACCAGACAGCACAAAUGAAUGUAGUACACAAUAAUGUAAAGAAAAGAAGAUGGUAAAAAAUGAUGAAACACAAAAACCUGAUUACACCAAGGCAGGAAGGCUCUGAGAGAGCUGAAACCAACAUAGUGCUACGUUCAGAACGUUCUUAGAGGUGUAGGUGUCUAAGCUCCAUUAACUUCAUUAAAGCAUGAAGAAAUCAAAACAAAGCUGUACUAAAUCAUUACGUGACAGUUACCAAACAAUCAUCACUGUAGCUUUGUCUCAGUUUCUAAAGAAGCUAGGGAAAAUCCUUCAGAAUUUUGGAUGCCCAGAAAGGAAGCUGUUGGCCAUAUGUUGAUUUAAGAAACCUUCUUACUGUGUAACAUUUCUACUGAAAAAAACUAUGUACAUCUAGAAUCUAGAAUCUUAAAUUUAACUAUAAAAGCAAUUUCAUACAUGUGUAGCUUAAAGCAUGUGAGACACUCUCUAUUCUAUACACAUUAAAGUGAAAAACAACAUGAAAAAAUGACAAGAAGGAAGUAACUAGAACAAUGAAAAGUAACAGUUGUGUAUGCAAAUAAAAGGUCUGAACCUAACAGUGGUGCCUGAAUGUUUGUGAGCCCUUCAGAAUUUUUAAUCCUACAACUAGAAUCAAACAAUUAAACAAAUGACAUAAAUAUUAAAUUAUUUUUUUAUUGAGAAAAAAACUGUCCCACAUUACAAAUCUGUGAUUGGCAAAAGUAUGUACUCUUUUGCUUUUUCAGCAAUAACUACAACUAAACUAAAUCCAGUAACUGUUGAUUAGUCCUGUAGAUCAGUUUGGAAGAAAUUUAGCUUACAACAAAACAGUUUCAGCUCUGUUAUGUUGGUGGGGUUCCUCCUAUAAACUGCUUGCCUCAGCUACUUUCACAACAUUUCAAAUGGAUUAUGGUCAAGACGUGGACUUGGCCAUGGCCAAUUCAAAAUAUUAACUCAUUUUCUUCUUGAACUAUUCUUAGGUAGAACUCAUGUGGAUUUGUGUUCUGAGGGUCAUUGUCUUGCUGUAUGGCCCGCAUUCUGCAGACAGAUUUGCGUCCUGAUAUCUUCCUUUUGAAUUUGCUGAUAUAGUUUAGAAUUUACUGAUAUAUCAAUGAUAGCAGGCCGCAGCAAAAAAAAAAAAUCAUGAUACUGCUUCCACCAUGUAUUACAGAUGGGUUAAGGUUUUAUAUGCUGAAAUUAUUUAUAUUUUUUAAAACUAUUUUUGUGUCAUUUGUUUUAUAUGUAAUUCUCCAUAUCUACCUGUAGGAAUCUAAUAAAGUUUUAACUCAGUCUUAUGCUGAAUUACAGAAAGUUCUAAAGUGUUCACAGCCUUUCGAGCACCAGAGUAAGCCCUGACUUCAAUCUGCAGCAGUUACUUGAUUUGCAAAGUGUGCGGUUCAGCAGUGCUAAGUUCCAACAACCUUGUGAGAACCAAAGCCACAACCUUAUGCCUGAGAAGAGGAAGAGCUCCGCCGUGCCCAUACACUAGAGACAUGCUACAAUGAACUCAACAACUAACAGUCCACCCAGAGUCAACAUGAACUGCUCAUUUGAAUCGAUUGAUCAAAUCAUGAAGUCGCUGGAGAUGGUGAUCUAUAUUCCUGUCUUUGUCUUUGGCGUGUUCCUGAACAUUGCCGCCCUCGUGGUGUUCUGCUCCCGGCUCAAGAAGUGGACAGAAGCCUCCAUCUACAUGACCAACUUGGCUUUGAUGGACCUGAUUUUGUUGCUUCAGCUUCCCUUCAAACUGCAUGCCAGGGACAACAAAUGGCCAGCUCACAUGAUUACGUUCUGCUCCUUUUUGGAAAGCCUGUACUUCAUGGGCAUGUACGGGAGCAUCUACACCAUAGCAUGCAUCUCCAUUGAUCGAUACAUUGGCCUAUGCCACCCGUUAAAAGCAAAGUGGCUGCGGUCCAAAAAGAAAGCCCGGAUUGUGUGCGCAGGCAUCUGGGCAUUCGUUGUGUUGGCGUCCACGCCUGUCUACACCUUCCACGAGACAGUACAGGAAGACUUCCGUUGCUUCCAUGGCUUUUCGAAGAAAGGCUGGAAAACAGGGCUAAUCAUCUGCUUGGAGGUGUUCGGGUUCUUGCUUCCCGCCCUUGUGCUGGUGACCUGCUCGGUACAAAGCAUCCGUGCCUUAAAUAAGUCCCACAGCGCCAACACUGUUGAGAAGCAAUCCGGAACACGAAUCAUCUACAGCAACAUUUGUGCCUUCUUGAUUCCCUUCACCCCUAGCCACGUGGCCAUCUUUCUCCAGUACCUGGUGCGCAGUGAACACAUCUCAGACUGCGAGGACACCAAGAAGAUUGCCCUGUUUGUGCAGCUGACCAUGAGCCUGUCCAACAUCACCAGCUGCCUGGACGCUAUCUGCUACUACUUCGUGGUCAAAGAGGUGCGUGGCACCAGCAGACUGAUCAAGAGGUCCCUCAGCAGAAUGAAAAGCAGCAGUGCCUCAGAAAAUUAAAAAACCCACUUUUCGGUAAUCAUAUGAGUAAGCCCACAAGUUCUCAGGCGCUUCUCACGCGAAGGGAGCGUGCCGAGGUGAAGAGAAACCUCAGAGAUGAAUAGUCAAAAGCUGGCAACUGUUGCAGAGAUUUGUUAUCUAGUACAGUACUUUUUAUGUAAUCUACGCUGAUGACCUACACAUGUUUCAGGACAACUUUUUCAUCUAGUAUGUUCGCCCAAAUGUAAAGUAAGGUAAGAUAAACAGAAUGGUGAAUGUUUAAGUGUAAAAUGUCAGGUUACAGCUGUUGCCUCAUGAAGAAACUGACAGUCAGUUUGACUGUGUUCUUGAUGGUCUUGUUUUUCAUACACUGCUGGUUCAAAGGUUUGAGGGGAGCUCGUCGGCUUGCCUUAUUUUAAAAUGUGAAUCUUCUUGCUGUUACUUUUUAGUUAAUUAAGGAAUGAUAUCUGCAUAGGGUUUGUUAUUAUGAAGUAGUAGACAUGAACCAAUGUUUUCAAGUGUCUUUUUUUUUUAGUAUUGAGAGUAGGUUUAUAAUAUAUAAUAAUAAAUUAUGUGUAGUUGAGAGUGGGGCACAAACUAACAAAAAGUAAAAUGUAUCAUGCAUUUAGUCUGUGGUUGAACAUGCUUUGUCAGCUUCUUGCUAUCCUGAAGCUGCGUCAUAAGUGUGUUUUACAGUAAACUGACAGUAAUUUCCGUAUAUUUUUGUACUUUUAAAGUAGCUUGUACAUCUUAUAUGUUCUGAUCAUCAGCUGCACAGAUAAGUCACAGAAUUCACACUGUGGUGUUCGUAAAGAAGUCUAAUUUUGGAGCAUGUAAACAACUUACAGGAAGAGCUAGUACAGACACUUCCAGACACCUCACGGCGGGGUGAGUUGUAACACAUGCCUCUAUACACAGUAAUUCCAUACAGCUUAAAUUUGAACACUUUAUAAAAAAAAUAAAAAUGCAUAAUUAAAAUGUAAAUAAAUCAGAUGCAUCAUAUCUUUGUGAUAUUAGCUUUUUCAAUUGUAAAGUCAAAAAAUGUUUACACAAAGAAUUGUCACUUUUAAUUGAUGUAAAAGUAUAGUGAUUUUAUUGCAAUAUUUAUUGAUUUAAAAAACACAAACUAACAGUGAGAGAGCACUGUUAUGCUUCAGCUAAACUAUUCUAACUUUUUAAACUUUAAUCAGACUUUAUGCAUAUGGUGGUGUUUUUAUACUAUGAAGUGUUUAUAAAUUUUGAUUAGAAAAAAAUCACAAUAUAUUAUCUAGCUAACAGUAUCGAUUCAUAAGUAUAUCAAACGUAUUAACAGGUUCUUGUUAAUAUAGAGGCUUCCAAUUUCAUGUUGUUAUUUUUAUAUAGAAUAAAACUUAUUACUUACCACUUAAUUCAUCAGCCUUUUUAGCAUCUGUUGCAACUUGCCCCUCACCCCGUUAUUAUUUAAUCAUAUAUUAAUUGGAUUUAAUUAUUUAGCAAAAACUAAAUGGGUUAGUUUGUGCUCUGUUCUCACUUACUUCUGAGUGCUCUCAUCAGUCUAUAAAACGUGUCCGGUGAAUGUGAAUGUUGACAUUUGAGUGUCACUUAUAUAUAUAUAUUUUUUAUUUUUAUACAUGGUUAGCUUUUAGCCGCUAACUAAUGCUUAAUUUGCAUUAAAAACACUUUUAGAAGAUAUACCACCUAAAAGCUUUUAAUAGUAAAUAUACUGUGAACCAUUUCUUAACUGAAAUAGAAAAGAACACAGAAGUGUGUAGGCUGCCGCGAGUGGCGAGUGCCACCGAGUUUCCACCAAGUAGGCGAAUGAGUGGGUCCGGCAUCAUGCCUGCUGUUUCAUUUCGCCUCAGGCAGAAAGUUUCUGUUUGUCCAACCUGUCAGAGUUUCAUAGUGUGUGAAAUGUGGUGCACAUGCAUGUGUAGCAUCAUAUUAUUUAAAAUGAAAACAGUAUUAUAUAUGCAUUUUUGAGCCAAAAUCUUACAUUUUUUUAGUAGCCUAUACAUGUAUUUAUUCCUUUGAUGUUUAAAAUAAAAUGUUAAGAGUUUUUAUAUGUAUUUUAUGUAUAUUUUAUAUUUUAUACACACUUUUCUUUUUUUGAAUUUUCUACUUUGUUACUGUUAAUGUUCCUUUAACACUUUUUAAUAAGGGAUGCACUGAAUAUUUAAAAUAAAUAUAUAUAUUGUCUGAAUGGUUUCUGCAUUCAGCUGAAUAAGUAAAGAAAAUUAAUAAUUCAUAUUGCACUGCAGUGCUCUGUAAAAUGCCACCUGGUAGUUAGCAAACAGUUGCAGAACAGCAUAUUUAAGUUCAUUUAUUCAUUAUGCUUUACUUGUAUAAAUUAGUUAUAGAUGCUAGAUUUAGUAACUUUUAAGACACUUUUAGCUAGUUAUUUAAAAAAAGCAGCUAUCAACAAAUUUAGAAACCUACAGUUUAUUUUUAAAAAAGACAGCGCAGCAUGUACUUGAAGUAGCUAAGCAUGUGCAGUGCAGUUAACACCAGUCUCUAAUCUGUUUGCUUCAUCUUUACCUUUAGCCCUUGUGCAUUUCUGAACUUCUAAACUGAACCUCAUUGUGGCACUCAUGUAAAAAAAAAAAUAGUGAAUGCAUAUAACUUAACUUUAUUUUGAUAAAAUAUUAUAGCACAACAUAUUUUGGUGUGUCUGCUGUGAUUGUGUUUAACAAAUAUAUAUUUAUGCAUAGUUGAAAUUUUGUAAUGGAUUUCUCUUUAAAAAUCAAUAUAAGAUAUACAGGACAUUUGCCAGUGUUAAAUCAACAUUGUACUGUGUGCAUUAAGGCUAUUUAAUACAUUUAAAGGGAACAAAAAUUUAAAUUAAAAUUCGGUGCAUCCCUUAUAUAAACUGAAAGCUAAAUAUAUGUGAAUAUCUCUUUCUAUAUACAGUUUCUACAUACUAACUUUAUCUGGACUGAGGGGUAAGUGCUAUGUUUUAAAUACAUACAAGCAUUUACAAACUACUAUUGAUAUAUCAUCGCUGUCAGAACAAAACCUUGUAUCUCCAAAUAGCGACUUAAUAGAAGAUAGAUAAAGUUAAGUCUCCUUAACUUUCAAUUGAAAUCAAAGUAAAUUUAUUUGUAAAUUAGUCGUUUAUAAAGAAAUUGUGACUCAAUGCAAAGAUCAACUGCUUCAGAUUGUGUCUUGAUGUAAAAAAAAGAAGCAAAAAUGGAGAUACAAAGUUUUGCUCCAAAAUAAUUAUUUGUUUUGUUGCAUUAAAGAAUUUCAUUCAUGUACAUCAUGCCUUUUUUAGGCAAAUGAAUGAUCUACAAUAUAACACAAAUAAAUAACUGAAAAUGAUAUUAAGAA